AUGGCCACAGCUGUGACCAGCUUUCAGUGGUUCUUCUGGGGCUAUUCGUUGACUUUCUCACAUAACUCCGGGAGGUUCAUCGGAACAUUGGACAACUUUGCUUUCAAGGGUGUGCUCGCGCAGCCUAGCGUUGGCAGUGCGCGGAUCCCUGAUCUGAUGUUCGCUGUAUACCAAGGCAUGUUCGCGGCUAUCACCGUCGCCCUCGCUGUCGGUGCCGUCGCUGAACGUGGUCGCAUGGCACCUUGCGUCCUCUUCAUGUUCGUCUGGUCGACCGUCGUAUACGAUCCGAUCGCAUGCUGGACAUGGAACCCUUCCGGCUGGGUAUACAGACUUGGUGGUCUUGACUUUGCUGGAGGUACACCAGUCCACAUCUCGUCCGGCUCUGCUGCGUUGGCGUACUGCUAUGUGUUGGGUAAAAGAUCAGGAUACGCUACCCAGGCGCUGAACUAUCGACCACACAAUGUGACGCAUAUCGUCAUUGGGACGGUAUUCUUGUGGGUUGGAUGGUUCGGCUUCAAUGCUGGCUCAGCACUGAGUGCCAAUUUGCGAGCGGUCAUGGCGGCCGUCGUUACGAACCUGGCAGCAUGCGUUGGUGGUAUCACUUGGUGUCUCAUCGAUUACCGCUUGGAAGGAAAGUGGUCGACCGUCGGCUUCUGCUCCGGCAUCAUUGCGGGCCUCGUGGCCAUAACACCUGGAUCUGGCUUCGUGCCAGCAUGGGCUGCAGUAGUCUAUGGUGUCGGUGCUGGUAUCGGCUGCAACUUCGCCACACAAUUCAAGUACUGGAUCCGCGCUGACGAUGCCCUGGAUAUCUUCGCAGUUCACGGCAUUGGUGGCUUGAUCGGCAAUCUGCUUACUGGUCUCUUCGCUGCCGACUACAUAGCCCAUCUCGAUGGCUUUACAGUCAUUCAAGGUGGCUGGCUAAAUCGCCACUGGAUUCAGCUUGCGAUCCAACUAGCAGACAGUGCCUCCGGCAUGGCCUACUCGUUCUUCGUGUCCUGCAUUAUUCUGAGCGUUAUCUCCUACUCAGGUCGUUUCAUUCCUGCACUCCGCUUACGAGCGACUAAGGAGGAAGAAGAAGCUGGUAUCGACGAUGUCGAAAUAGGUGAGUUCGCCUACGACUACGUGGAGCUGGUGCGAGACGUCAAGCCACGGGACCCAGCGCACGACGUCAGCCAGAUCUUUGAGGAGGACGGGGACGAAGGGGCAAGUCAGAGGAGUCAUAGUCAGGCGACUAUGAUGAACAAUGUAGAAAAAGGGCAGCCUACGGGUACCAGCUACCCACUGCGCGAGCUAAACCACGACGGUACCGAUGCUUAUGGGCACUACGGGUCUGGCAUUGGGACUGCUUCGUGA